AGCCAGCCCCCAGCCAGCCCUCUGGCAGCAUGGCCCACCAGGAGGGCGAGCGGGGGCUGCAGCCAGCGGUGCCCAUAGCCCCCGAAAUGGAGUGCAAGAUCUGCUACAGCCGCUACGACCCCCGGGCCCGCAGACCCAAGCUGCUCCGCUGCGGCCAUCGCCUCUGCGCCAAGUGCCUGCGCAAGAUGGUGGUGCUGGGGAACGCAUCCCCCCGCCAGCUCCGCUGCCCCUUCUGCCGCCAGCACAGCCCGGUGCCCGGUGGGGACGUGCAGCAGCUGCAGGACGAUGGCGAGGCGCUGGCACUGCUGACAGGCCAUGAGCGGGUCAAGAAGCAAGGUCCCCCCCGGUCCCCUGAGGUCCUCCUCUGCCCCAGCGUACUGGAGCCCACGGCUGGUCCCGACUGCCUGGUGGUCACCAUCCUGGAGGUGCCGGAGGACGUGGCCCCGCCGGAGGGUCUGGGUGGGCUGGAGGUGGUGAGGCUGUACCGCCCCGCCAGCCUGGGCACGCUGCCCUGCCAUGGUCCCGGGCAGAAGUGCCGCUCCUGGGGGUGGCGAGCCGUCCCCCGCUUCAUCCUGGGCGUCCUCUGCCUCCUCUACUUCAGCUCCCUGCCCUUCGGCAUCUACCUCCUGCUCAUCGAGCACCACAGCCUGGGCAUCGUCCUGGUCAGCCUCGUGCCCUCCACCCUCCUCCUCUGCAUCGUCUACAGCCUCUGCCAGUGUCUGUGCCGGGAGGUCUUUGGGUUCCCCCACUCCUGAUCCUGCACGGCUGAGCCCUGUGCCCACACCGGGGAGGCUUUGGGCACCUUGGAGUGUUGUCCCUUGGGGUACGGGGUGUUCCCCGAACCAUGGCUGACCCACAGCGUGAAGAUCUGCCUGGACCACCAGGAGAUGCUCAGUGCCUGUUGCCUGGGGAUGAAGGGAUGGAGAGCAGCUCUGCUGAGAAGGACUUGGGGAUACUUGGUGGAUGAAAAGCUGGACAUGAGCCAACAACAUGCACUUGGUAGCCCAGAAAGCCAACUGCAUCCUGGGCUGCAUCCAAAGGCGAGAGAGGUGAUGCUGCCCCUCUGCUCUGCUCUAGUGAGACCCCCCAUGCUGUGCUGCCUCCGGCUCUGGGGUCCUCGGUGCAGGAAAGACAUGGACCUGUUGGAACAAGUCCAGAGGAGGCCUCAAAAAUGAUCCAAGGGCUGAAGCCCCUCUGCUGUGAGGACAGGCUGAGAGAGCUGGGGUUGUUCAGCCUGGAGAAGAGAAGGCUCUGAGGAGACCUUAUUGCAGCCUUUCAAUACUUAACAGGGACUUAGGAAAAAGAUGGGGACAAACAUUUAAGUAGCGCCUGUAGCGAUAGGACAAGGGGUAGUGGUUUUAAUCUAAAAGAGUAUAAAUUUAGGGUAGAUAUAAGGAAGACAUUUUCUACAAUGAGGGCAGUAAAACACUGGCCCGGGUUGUCCGGAAAGGUGGUAGAUGACCCCAUCCUUGGAAACAUUCAAGGUCAGGUUGGACAGGGCUCUGAACACCCUGACCUGGUUGAAGAUGUUCCUGCUCAUUGCAGAGGGGUUGCACUAGAUGACCUUUAAAGGUCCUUCCAACCCCAACCAUGCUAUGAUUCCCUCACAGACCAGCGCAGGCUUUGCCAAGUGGGAGCCCAGGCUGGAGCAGCUGCAGCCUGCGAGCAUUCAGGCUGGACACUCAGCUCCUCGUCCUCCUCCUCCUCCACAGCAGGAGCUGAGCCGAGAGCAAAGCGGCAGCCGGGAGGCUAAUCCCAGCUCCGUGU